AUGGAAAGUGCAAGACGUUCAUCUACGGAGGCUGCGACGGAAAUGGUAAUCGAUUUUCGAGUAAAGAGGAUUGUGAAAAAAUUUGUGGUGGUUCAGGUAAUUGAAAUUAUAUUCAAAUUGAAUCUAUGUAAAUAUCUUAUUCUAUGCUCAAUUAGUAAAUUAAAUAUUACGAUUGUCAGAUUUGUAAAGCAAGAAGUGUUCUGA